AUGGCCGGAAAAUCUAGAUUCACCAGGCUUGAUGCCUUCACUAAGACUGUCGACGAGGCUCGCAUUCGAACCUCAUCGGGCGGCAUCAUCACCAUCGUCUCGCUCUUCAUUGUCUUUUGGCUGGCAUGGGGAGAAUGGGCCGACUACCGGAGGAUAACUCUGCAUCCAGAGCUGAUCGUCGACAAGGGAAGAGGCGAGAAGAUGGAGAUCCAUCUGAACAUGACUUUCCCUAAGAUGCCAUGUGAGCUUCUGACGCUCGACGUCAUGGAUGUUUCGGGCGAACAGCAACACGGUAUCGUCUCUGGUAUCUCCAAGGUCCGCCUCAGGUCGCAGAAAGACGGCGGUGGUGUCAUUGACACCAAGGCUCUGAGCCUACAUGCUGCGGACGAAGCCGCCACCCAUCUGGCUCCCGACUACUGCGGCGACUGUUACGGCGCGAAGGCUCCCGCCAACGCUGUGAAGCAGGGAUGCUGCAACACGUGCGAAGAGGUGAGGGAGGCAUACGCGCAGGCGUCGUGGGCGUUUGGCAAGGGCGAGAACGUCGAGCAGUGCACUCGUGAGCACUAUGCCGAGAGGCUCGAUGAGCAGCGCGCUGAGGGUUGCCGUAUCGAAGGCGGACUGCGCGUGAACAAGGUUGUCGGCAACUUCCAUCUGGCACCGGGCCGCAGCUUUAGCAACGGCAACAUGCACGUUCACGACCUCAAGAACUACUGGGACGCCGAAAUCAUACACGACUUCACUCACCAGAUUCACGCUCUACGCUUCGGUCCCCAGCUGCCUGAUUCCAUUACGAAGAACCUUGGCAACAAGGCGGUGCCCUGGACGAACCACCACUUGAACCCGCUCGACGGCACCUCCCAGAUCACGACGGACCCCAGCUUCAACUUUAUGUACUUUGUCAAGAUCGUCCCCACUUCCUACCUGCCUCUCGGCUGGGACAGCAAGCGCUCCCCCCAGGACAACGACGGUGGGCUCCUUGGAUCCUUUGGUCAGGGCAGUGACGGCAGCAUUGAGACGCACCAGUACUCAGUAACGAGCCACAAGCGCAGCCUGUCAGGCGGCGACGAUUCUGCUGAGGGACACGCCGAGCGCGUGCACACCCGCGGUGGCAUCCCCGGCGUCUUCUUCUCUUACGAUAUAUCUCCCAUGAAGGUCAUCAACCGCGAGGAGCGCUCCAAGUCUUUCACCGGCUUCUUGACCGGACUCUGUGCAGUCAUUGGCGGUACCCUCACGGUAGCCGCCGCGGUUGAUCGUGGCAUGUUCGAGGGCUCUUUGAGGCUGAAGAAGAUCCGAUCCAAGGACAACUGA